ACACUAUUUCUGCUCAUCUCAGGUAUUAGCUACAAAUCAACAGACUCAAAAAAAUGGACCGGAACCCAUUAACUUCUCAGAGCCUUACAGCAGAAGAGUACACUAAGCUGGAGGAUGUCAUCAACACAUGCCACACUGCCAAUUUGCCUCAAAACAAAUGCACAUCUUUAAUAAUCCGGCGCAUAAAUGCCCCAGCAGAUGUUGUUUGGCAGUAUGUUCGAGCCUUUGAUAACCCUCAAACUUACAAAUAUUUAAUCAAGAGUUGUACAAUGAGGGGGGAUGGAGGGGUAGGUAGUGUGAGGGAUAUUACAGUAAUCUCAGGACUUCCUGCAGAGAGGAGCACAGAGAGAUUAGAGAUGCUUGACGAUCAGCGACGUAUUUUAAGCUUCAAAGUCCUAGGAGGUGAACACAGGCUUAUGAAUUACUGUUCAGUUACAUCUGUAAAUGAAAUCAGCAAUAAAGGGAGGGUUUACACCAUUGUCUUGGAGUCCUACACAGUAGACAUACCACAAGGGAACACAGCAGAGGACACAAGGAUGUUUGCUGAUACGGUAGUAAAAUUAAACCUUCAAAAACUAGCUGACGUAUCAGAGAUGAAGGCCUCGUGAAUGCCGAAGAUCAAAGGAUGUUUAAGUGCAAAACUUUUGAUUGACUAGGUCUAUAACAGCUGGGAUUUGACGCUGUCAGAGAUUUUUCUCU